GCCGCAAGAAGUUCAAGGCAGCGGGACAGCCGGACGGAAAGGAGGCCGCCGCCGUUUUACUCGUGGGACUUCCUUCCUUGAUUGCCCACCCCGGCGGCCCGGCCUCCUCCACCGCCGCAGCCGAACGAUGGCCGAGCCUGCCGCCAAUCGCCCUCCGACGCCGGCGCCGGCCUCCGGUGGUAUGUCGAGGAAGCUCUCCAUAGUACUGUUUGUGAUCCUGUCGGCGCUGCUGUACCAGCAGAUUCAGCCUCCGCCUCCGAAAAUCUGUGGCUCGCCGAAUGGCCCCCCGGUUACCGCACCAAGAACAAAGCUCAAAGACGGCAGGCAUUUGGCAUACAAGGAAUCCGGUGUCCCAAAGGAGGAGGCCAAGUACAAGAUCAUCUUUGUCCAUGGGUUUGACUCCUGCAGACACGAUGCCCUUCCAAUUUCCCCGGAGGUGGCACAAGACCUAGGCAUCUACCUUCUGUCUUUCGACCGGCCUGGGUACGGUGAGAGCGAUCCGGACCCUGCCCGGAGUGAGAAGAGCAUCGCCCUCGACAUCGAGCAGCUUGCCGACAACCUGGAGCUUGGUCCUAAGUUUCACCUCAUUGGCUUCUCCAUGGGCGGCGAGAUCAUGUGGAGCUGCCUCAAGUACAUCCCACACAGGCUCUACGGUGUUGCUACUCUCGCGCCGGUGGGCAACUACUGGUGGUCUGGCAUUCCGUCGAACGUGUCGCGGGACGCCUGGUACCAGCAGCUCCCGCAGGACCAAUGGGCGGUAUGGAUCUCCCAUCACCUGCCAUGGUUGACCUACUGGUGGAACACCCAGAAGCUCUUCCCUCCUUCCAGCGUCAUCACCUACAACCCUGCGAUCCUGUCUGAAGAAGACGCGAUGUUCAUGAAAAAGUUCGGCAUGCGACCCUACUUCCCGAUGAUAAGGCAGCAGGGGGAGUACAACAGCCUGCACCGGGACAUGAUGGUCGGGUUCGGGAAGUGGGACUGGAGCCCCCUUGACCUGAAGGACCCGUUCGCCGGCGGCGAAGGAAAGGUGCACCUGUGGCAUGGCGCUGAGGAUCUUAUGGUUCCGGCCAGUUUGUCGAGGUACAUCAGCGCGAGGCUCCCCUGGGUCAUCUACCACGAGCUUCCCAAAUCCGGUCACCUCUUCCCUGUCGACAGCGGGAACGCCGACGCCAUCGUCAAGUCCCUGCUACUCGGGGAUCACUGACCUUCAA